UAAAAAUCCCAUGUCUUGUUCAACCUAUGACACUUAGAACUCACACCAAGUCAACCCGACGUACAAUUUUUCCUAGUCUCUUUUUUCUUGGACUAUUUAUCCAAACCCAGGCCAUGUCACCCCUUCAACUCGCCUUUUAUUUCCUCUCUCCAGCAUCCGCAUUCCCAUUUCGUGGUGAAGCACGAUGUCCGUUUCCUGGGCUCCUCCUUCAUCCUCGUCUCUUGCUCUACGCUUGCUGUUUCCGCUGUUCUUGAUCUUGAUCAAGACUCCUCGUUCCCAGGGCGUGGAUAACUACACGAGCUGCAGCGGCAGGUUCAGCUGCGGGGAUGUUAAGGACGUCGGCUAUCCUUUCUGGGGAGGUAACAGGGGGAGCUCUUGUGGGUAUCCCGAGUUGGAGCUCAACUGCGAGAACGGAAGCAACACGACGAUCGUGAUAAAGGAUGUGAAGUACCGCGUUCUGGGGGUGUAUUUUUAUCCUAUUUUGAUGCUGAGGAUCGCGAGGGACGACUAUAUGCAGGGACUCUGUCCCACGAAUUUCCUCAACACGACUCUCGACUCCUCGCUGUUCCAAAUCGCCGAAGGCUUCACCAACUUCACUUUAUUCUACGGUUGCCAAUCGCUUUUCCCGGGCCUAUUCUCGUGUCCUGUUCAGGGGGUAUCGUACACAGCGGGCUAUGUGUUGUCAUGGUUGAGUGUUGGUUCGUCAGGGUUGAGUGUUGGCAUCGGAGCGUGCUCAAAGAGCGUGGUAGUCCCGGUUUCUUCGUAUUUUGGAGCAAUUUGGGGAAUAGCUCCUCCGGUUUGAGUGACUUGCUGCAGCAUGGUUUUGAGGUUCAGCUGAAGGUGGAUAGUGAAGCAUGUGUUGACUGCACUCAAUCGCGUGGAGUGUGUGGUUACGAUCCCACCGCGAAUCGGCCCACUUGCUAUUGUCCUGACCAGUUCUUUGGUUCCAAAACCUGUGGUUCAUCGACAUCUGCUCCGACACCAGAGGCAACAACUGCUAAAUCUACACAAGGGAAGAAGGAGUCUAAAUCACUCAGCAUAGGCCUUGGCAUUGGCGGAGCUGGUUUUGUGGUGAUUCUGUUAGGUUUCUUGUUCGUCUGUUUAGUGCGGAAAAAGAAAAAGAAAGCUGCUGAAGUUCAAACCAAAGAUCUUCACAGUACUCCUUCAAGCAAAAACCUUCUCAUGUCGAGUAAUUUCACUAGAAGCAUACCAUCUUAUCCUUCUUUUAAGUCCGACCUUGAGAAGGGAAGCACCUAUUUUGGAGUUAAAGUCUUUGAGUACGUAGAACUUGAAGAGGCAACUAAAAAUUUCGAUCCUUCUCGAGAACUCGGAGAUGGAGGUUUUGGGACAGUUUAUUAUGGUGAGCUUCGUGAUGGGCAAGUAGUUGCAGUCAAGCGCCUGUAUGAGAACAAUUUGAGACGUGUUGAGCAGUUCAUGAAUGAAGUAGACAUCCUAACACGCCUGCAACACCAGAACCUAGUGAAGCUGUAUGGAUGCACCUCAAGACGGAGCCGGGAGCUGCUUCUUGUCUAUGAAUAUAUUCCAAAUGGAACGGUGGCCGAUCAUCUCCAUGGAAAGCAAGCGAGUUCUAAUUUUCUUCCUUGGCGUGUUAGGUUGAAUAUAGCUGUUGAGACUGCAGAUGCACUCACUUACCUUCAUGCGUCUGAUGUCAUUCACCGUGAUGUUAAGACUAAUAACAUUCUCCUAGAGAACGAUUUCCGUGUAAAGGUGGCCGAUUUUGGUCUUUCACGGUUAUUCCCCACAGAUGUCAGCCAUGUAUCUACUGCUCCACAAGGAACUCCUGGUUAUGUGGAUCCAGAGUAUUAUCAGUGCUACCAACUUACAGACAAGAGUGAUGUAUAUAGUUUCGGUGUUGUCCUAUGUGAACUCUUGUCAUCAAGACCUGCAGUCGACACUAAUAGGCAUCGUCAAGACAUUAAUUUGGCCAACAUGUCUGUCAACAGAAUUCAAAAUCGUACAUUGCACGAACUGAUCGAUCCUUCUCUGGGGUUUGAAACAGAUUAUGCAGUUAGGAGGAUGAUAACCUUGGCGGCAGAGUUAGCUUUUCGGUGUUUGCAGGAGGAAAGGGAUAUGAGGCCGACUAUGGAAGAAGUCUUGGACUCUCUGAAAAGAAUUGGGACUGAGCAGAUAAAAGAGCAGAAGGCCGAGGUUAUGGACGAAGUUCUAGACACCUUGAGGGGAUUUCAGUACAAGAAUGCAACAGUGAAGAAAGCCGAGGUGAUUGACAUCAGGUCAGAUGAUGUUGGGCUUCUAAAGAAUAUGCCUCCCCUGUUUUCCCCGGACUCAGAGGUCUCGCCUAUUUGGGGAAGCAGCUCAACCCCACCUAAUUCCAUUUAGCGAUUAGAUUUGCUAGUCUGUUUAUUUCGUAAAUCUUGAAGCAGGAAAAGUGAUUUCAUGUAUGAUGACCAUAAGCUCUCUGGCCUUCUAGUCUGGUGGUGAUUACGCAGGUGGACAGGAGCCACUAAGAGCAAUGUACAUACUAAAGGCGGCCCGCAGUACUUAUCUGUUUUAUGAUAUUUUCUGGUGAAUACACUUGCUGUCUGUUCUCUCUCAAAAAUGUUAAGAAAACCAGACUGUGCAGCGCAUUUAUCUUGAGUAAUAAUCAUCCGGUAUCACAGGAGGAAUUCAUUCGAAGAUUGUCCAAAAUGAUGUCAUUUUACAAGCUACUACUAAUGUUAAUGGAUUUACCAUGCUAGUAUUUGGUGUUGCUGAUGUAUUAGGAAGAGUGUGAUGGCGUGGUCUACAUAUGCAGAAGCCAAACGCAUCCUCCUUUGUUCAGUUUUCCAGUUGUCAAAAUUGUUUAUGCAUUUUAGACUGAAAAAGCAGAAGUAGCAGGAGAAAAAAACUACGUGGUUUCGUUUUGUA